AUGUAUGUUGAUGAUAGCACAACGUUGAAAGUUCCGGAUCGAUUAAUUUGGGAGAAUAUUGAAAUUUUCUUAUUAAUUGCUGCUGUUGCGAUUGCUUUGGUAUUCAAUUCGCUGGUUUUAGUGCAAACUUUGAAUAGUGAACGGUAAGACAAAAUAAUAAAAAUGCUAUAAUUGCUUCAUUUUUGAAGUAUGAAGAUCAAAGAAUGUUUGUUUAAAACACAAAAUGUCUCAACAAAUUUGAAAAUUGCAACAAAUUCCCAUCUCAAUUUUAAUUAAACUUGUUAAUUAGGUUUCGCAAUUUUGACCGGUUCUAACGCCAAAAAUCAACUACAGUAUCUCACAUUAUACAUUCAAAAAUUUCAAGACUUCCUUUUCAAAUUGUUUUUCGAAAUAAGACCGAAAAUGGGAUUGGACUUGCAUUCUAAUUGAACAUUUCUUCUCAAUUUCCCAAUAAAAAUCACAUUUGAUUAUUUCAGAUUUGUGUUCCGAAUUUCUCGAAACAAUUCUGAAAAUUGCAACAAAAUUCAUUUUAUUCCUAAACCCAAUUAAAGUUGUUAAUUCGAAUUUCAGCUCUCAUUUAAAUUUCAACCCAUUAUAACACCAAACAUCAACCUAAAAAUAGAUAAAACUACAGUAUCUUCUUUUUUCAAUUCCAUAGUUGUUUGGAAUAACGUGAUGAAUUCUUCAUAACAGCAUUUUUUUGUUAUUCUGUUAUUCUAGUCGGCAUAUUCCGGGUUCAUGAGAACGAACUUACUUAUUUUCGGGAGGAAAUAAAAUGUACGACUAGGACAAAAACAAGUUGAGGGACCUAGACUCAAUUUUGAAGAUUCUGUUAAAGUUUUUCUUCAGAAUUUGAGUUAGGAAUUUAAAUAUCGUAUCGAAUACAAUUCAAACAAAAAUUGUUUUAGGUCAAAUGUUUCGAGGAAUUAUUUAGUGCCUGGUGGAUUUUCUCGGAGUUAUUUUUCGAUUUUCAAAAUCAAUCUAUGUAUAUCAGAUUUUCUGAUUUUACUAAUAUAUGCUUUGGGUAAAAUUGUAUGGUUGAUAACAUUCGAAUGGUUUUUUGGUGAUUUUGGUUGCAAACUCUACAAAUUUCUCAGUUCAUUCUCAUUCUACGCCAAUUCAAAUAUCAUAAUUGCAAUCACAAUUGAUCGAUUAAAAUGUGUAUAUUCAACACAGCUUCAAAGUACGUUCGGUGGAUAAUUAGAUAAAACUACUACCACACUACGCCUGACAAAAACAAAUUUUUUCUCCCACUUCCGAGUUACUGAAAAUAGAAAGAAGACGAGAAAAAAUAACACAACUUUUGGUGUUAUUCUGCACUUUGAGAAUUGUUUAGCCAGAAAAAAAAACAAUUUCUGAAGGCGAGACGAAAAUUUCAAGAAUGGGAUGUUUUUUGUGAAGACGAGAAAAAAUCUUUUUUGGAGACUAAUUAGGUUUUCUUUUCUUUCUCUACAAAAAGGUCGUCUACAAAAGAAUACAUUUUUUUCCAGAAAAAAGUAUAAAAAAUUUAGGUAUUCACAGUGGUCGACGUGUUCGAAUAAUGUUAUCACUUUGUUGGAUUUUCUCAUUUUUUUGUAGUCUUCCCCAACUUUUUAUAUGGCGAACAAUUCAAACAACACCUCUUGGUUGGACACAGUGUGUUUCGAUGUUUGUUGAAGAAAUUGCAAAUAAUUCGACUAACAAGGAAGAAACUUAUAAACAAGCAGCUUUUUAUGAAAUUGCUCAUCAAAGCACAGCAUUUUGGAUACCAUUUCUAAUCAUUGUAUUUUCAUAUUUCUUGAUUGUUGGCAAAAUGUUGUCAUUUAAUUUUAAAGCAAGAGAUGCUUUAAUGUUACGUAAACGAUCUGAUUAUGAUGAUCCGUAAGUUUUUUUUUUCUUUCCGGAAAACCAGAGAUUAAUUGAAUGUUUUUAUUUGCUCUGCUUUACUCCGUAAUCUGAGAAAUUAGCAGUGCAAUAAAAAUAUUUUCUAGGUCCUGCACAUCUAUUGUUGACUAUACCACUUCCAAUUCUAAAAAUAACAACACAACGUUGAAUCACAAGAUCUCGGAUACAUGGCAAUCAUUUUGGAAUUCGCCCCGAGCAAGUGCACAAUUAGUAACAAGAGGUGGGUUGAAAAAAGGCCAGACCUAAUUAAAAUUUCUUUCAAGUUGUUUUGUGUUGUAAAUGUCUGUUUUUCCACUAAUUUACACCAAAAAAAAAAACAUCAGCAAAGAAAAAUAAUAACCCAACUCGUAGGUGGAUCAGUGAGACUAACAAAACUUCAAGCUCCAACAAUUGUACAUCGUCAUUAUUCGACCUCAUUUUAUUCGAAUUGGAGAAAACAACUCGGAUCGCGUGUUUUUCGAAGUGCAUGUCUCAUCAUUUUGACACAUAUUAUGUUAUGGCUACCGUACAAUUUGAUAAGUGCAACACGCUUUUUUAACGAGGAAUUCUACAGUAUGGUUAUGCAUAAUGGUGGAAAUAUUUUAGAGGAUUUAAUCGUUAUUAAUUCACUUGUUAAUCCCUUAUUAUAUGCGGAGAGGAGACAUAAAAAUAAUCAUAACAAUCGAAGAAGUAUUAUUGCUUGA